GACAGCGGGCACCGCGUCAUCUGGCAAGGCAGUGGGCUCCGAGUCAACUGGUAUGACCGCAGGCACUGGGUCAGACAUUGUAUGGUCUGGCUGGACAGCGGGCAUCGGGUCACCAGGCAUCAGGUCAUUUGGCUCCACAGCGGGCACCGCGUCAUCUGGCAAGGCAGUGGGCUCCGAGUCAACUGGUAUGACCGCAGGCACUGGGUCAGACAUUGGAUCGUCUGACUUGACAGCGGGCACUGGGUCACCAGGCAUCAGGUCAUUUGGCUCGACAGCGGGCACCGCGUCAUCUGGCAAGGCAGUGGGCUCCGAGUCAACAGGCACGACAGUGAGCACCGGGGCAUCAGGUACCGGAUCGUCUGGCUCGACAGCGGGCAUCGGGUCACCAGGCAUCAGGUCAUUUGACUUGCCAGCGGGCACCGCGUCAUCUGGCAAGGCAGUGGGCACCGGGUCACCAGGUAUGACGGGCGGGCUCUGAGUCAAUUGGCACGACAGCGGGCACUGGAUCAGGUACCGGAUCAUCUGGAUCAACAGCGGGCAUCGAGUCAACUGGC